UACGCAUAGCAACUUGGCAACAAUCUAAACAACAUGGCGGUGAAAGAUUUCUAAGAGACAUGCAAAGUAAGAAAAUUUAAUCAUGUCAAAAGGAGCAAAACGUGUGAAGAGCAGUACAAAUCCAACAUCAGAAAAGUGGGAAGUAGCGCUGUUGAAUGCAGUUUUUGAGGAGGAAAAAUGGAAACCAAAUAUCACCUUGCUUGUGGGAAACAAGGUGGAUGAUUACAAGAACAUUGGUGUAUUAGCAACAACUAUCAGCUCUGGAAUACGCAAGCGUUUUACUCUUUUGUCUAAAGACAUUUUGUACAAUCAGGUUCGUGAACUUGGCAACCCCAAACUUAAGAAGACCAAGGAUGUGCCUGCUAAUUAUGAAAUAUGCGAAGUUUGCAAACCCUACCUUGAUUCUGGUGAGGAGAUUCCUGUUUCUCUGUUGGCAAAGCUGAUUAAAUUCCAUCUGAUGGGUGUUAAGAUGGCUGACCUUCAACAACGAGAAUUAGAGAAAAAGGCUGCUCUUGAUAGAGAAAAAGCUGCUAAGGAGAUGGGCUCAAAUAAAGAUAAGUCACAAGGAAAGAAAGGUGGGAAGAAAACUCCAGAGGCUCCAGCAGCUAGAGAGGGGAGCAAACUGCUUAAGAGGGGAGAGCAGAACAAAGACACAAAAUAUAUAGAUGAUGAACCAGAUGACGGAGCACAUCGUUACAUAAUCAUGAUAGGAUUAAAUGAUCCUCACCUGUUGCCAUACCUGGCUGAGAUAGGAGUCAAUGUUGACUGCAUUCUCCGUGUGUCUUCCCAGGAGUACUCUCACUUCACACCACCACCUCCUGACCCUAAUGCACCUGAGAAGGAUGAAAAGACUCUAGCUGCAGAAGAGGCUGCUCGUCAGGGGCGUAAAAAAAUGGCUCUGGAAAUUCGUACUUUUUGGCAUGAAAUUCUUCCUUUGUUACGCAACAAUCCAGACUCCUCUCGACUGCAUGAUAUUGCUCGGCUUGACUAUGAAGUUGAAAAUUUGCUUCUGCCAGUCACUUUUGAUGAUCCAGUUCAGAGGACUCAAUUUGGGGAAGCCAUGUUUGAGGAUGUGGCUUGUAUGAUCUAUGACCUACUGGAUGCUCGACGAUUGUAUCACACUUACAUCAAGAACCUUAAGCUUCAGAGUGUGCCUUUUUAUGGAAGUGCAUCACUUGAAAAAGUAACAGGAACAGAUAUUCCUGUUUUGGGAGCCCCACUCACACCAGCAGCUCAAGUGCGCCCAACAAGUGAAAGCUCACCUGUAGAAGCUGCACGUUCUGGAUCAGCAGUUGUGGGGCCAUCUGAUAUGCGCUAUUACAAUGAUCUGAUGAACUGCCUUCCUCUGGAGAGUGUUAGCGUGCCGCUUGUAUUACACUGCAUGCUGGAACAAGUUGUUGCAUCAGAAGAGAACAGGGACCCACCUAGUGAGCAGUCAUUGCCAAGGCGACCUGAUGGGUUGAACUCAGAACUGGCCAACCAUUUAAGCAACAUUACCCUGAGACUGGCAUUUACGGAGCAAGAACGUAAGUUAGUGUCAGAAGCCCUGAGCGUCACUGUACCAAAGCCAGAAAACAAGAAGUCACCACUGAUGAUAAAUGCCCAGGAUGAUGUAGCUGUCCGCACACACUAUCUGAAGCCUGUCUAUGGCUUCAGUCCUGAAAAGGCAGAAAGAGCCAUACUUAGAUUGCAUCUCUUAACUCAGAAACUCCACCCGAAGAAAUCAGUGCCAGAUGAAAUGGGAGAACGAGCUGCUCGUCUGCAUGAACUUAUUCACUUCUGUGCCAUCAGUGGUCUUUCCAUGCAUGAGACAGAUCGAGCCUUUAAACAGUUUGUGUUUGAGUGUAUUGAUAUUGCCACGACAGAUCCUAAUGGUUUCAUUGUCACAAGAGACAUUGAAGGCUUGGAGCAUUCUCCAAUUCCAUGGGAUGAUCCUUAUUCUUUCUUUAAGGGCAUGAUCUUAAAGGAGCGCAAAGAUGACAGUGUUGGGUCUGAUGACGACUCAGGAACUAAGUUUGCAGAACAAACUGAGCUGAAGGAGGAAAAAUCUGGGACCCUUGAUAUUUCUGAGACAAACCGCUCUUCCCCAGCUAGACGCUCAGGUAGUUCAGAUAGUAGAAAAGGAAUUUUGAGAUCUCGCUCAAAUUCAACAUCCCCUAGGCGGUCCCACAGUGGUUCAUGUGUUCAGUUUCAAGUCCCUUUAGACCAUUACCUGCACCAUGAGGUAGCAAGUGACCAGGAAGAGGAAACAGCAGAGAAGUCUUUGGAAGAGAGCAUUGAGGAGAUUACUGAAGUACAAAAACGUGUGCUUGACCAAUGGUGCUUUGCAGAACACUUCCAACCAGAAGUGCUUCUUCAGGUCUUGAAGGAAGCAUAUUAUUGUUUGCCCUGUGUGGAUACAUACUUCCACAAACGUGACCAGACCCUGAUGGUUGUCUUCCACAAUCCCCAUAAUAAAGAAUUGAGAAACCACCUGGACUGGCAUGUGGAGCUUCAUUCCAAUGUUGGCUUCCGGAACUACCUGGAGUAUAUAGCUGAAUCCAUUGGGCCCUGGUUAAAGGUAAAAGAGGCUGAAUAUCAGGCACAGAUGUUAUCAACAGAGGUUGUGAACAUGAAUAAAGAAGAAGAGCGAGUUGAAAAGAAAGGGAAGACAGGAAAAUCUCCCAACAGAGCAGAAUCCAAGAGUCCAGCUAGGACUGAAUCACAAACUAGUACCACUGAUUUAAAAGCACCGAUUAAUCCAUAUAUCCGUCAAAACUCCAUUAAAGGUUGGAAAGAAGAACAAGAACGGCAGAAGGAAGAAGAAAGACUAUCUGCUGAAGUAAAAGAUACUAAAAAAAAAAAGGGAUCACCAAAGAGAAGUGAAAAAGAACCGAAAGAGAAAAUGGAAAGGAGUGGUUCUAGAAGCAGUGUUAGGGGAUCAAAAGAACAACUCCAAGCUGAAGAGAAGGUGGACGUCUUCACAGAGGAGCCAUUCUGGCCAUUCACUGGAUACGACACAAAAAAUCUGCUUCUGCAUGUUUCGGGAAUCACUACCACGCUGUUUCCGUCUGAUGGAGGACAGAUUUGCUCAGAAAGGACAGAAUUUGUUCAAGGAACAACAAUGGUGCGUGCCUCCGUUGUGAAAGAUAACCAUAUUUUCACUGUGCACCUCCUGAACCCUUAUGAACAGACUGAAGAGGAAUUAGACCUAGACAUCAAGACUUCACGUCAGCAAAAACCAGAAGGCAUUGAAAAAGCUGAUUUUGAGAUAUCGGAAAAAACAGAGAAAGAGAGUAAGGACUCCAGUGAUUCUGAGACAGACAAGGACAGAGCAGAAGACAAAAAUAAAACUCAGGCAUUCAGUCAGUUUGGUUCAAUCGUUGCAUGCAUGUCUGAUGGCAUGAUUUUUUCAACUGGAACUACAGAGCAAGUUACAGAAAAGCCCAAGGAACCUAUACCACCUGAACCCUCAGUGUGCAACUUAGUUCAGCAGCCACAAAUCGCAGCUUCACCUAAAGGGAAGAAAGAUAAGGAAAAGGAGAAAGAAAAAGAGAAAGAGAAAGAGAAAUCUCCCAAGGCACCUAUGUCACCAGAACAUACUGCUGUGGUAGAAGAGGAUGCAGUGUUGGAAGAGAAAGCUCCAGAGAAACCUCUACUCCAGCCAUUUCAAGAACUCUUUAUCACUACCCCAGAUGGCCUGCACGUGCAGUACUUUCUUGAAAGCUUAGCAGGUGUGGUCCCGGAAUCAGAAAAUGAUCGACGACUUGUUGUGAAGCAAUUCUAUCCCUUUAAGAUAUGUGGGGUUCAAGACUCUAAUGCAGUUCGACUCAAGGUCGUCGCUAAUGAAGUUUCGCGGAUCAUCACAGGCGAUGGAACUGUCAUCAAAACUAUGGUUGACGAAUCUGUGGAGGUACUAUAUGCAGAUGGAACAGUAGCUGUCCACACUGGCUCUUGGCUCAAGCCCCAAACUUUUGAUAGCUCUCCCCAAAGCAGGGCAAGUCUUCACAGUGCAGCAGGUGAUCGAGAAACACCCACAAAGAAAGUUGGGCGUAAUUCAGCUAAGGUACAUCCCCGUGGAUCAGAGAAGACGUUUGAACAGGUGCCUAUUAUUUUGGGAGAGCAGGAGGAAGAGAAGAUAGUGAAGCCAAGCGUCUGGAAAGUGACUUGCCCAGAUGGCUCUAGAUGGACAAAGUCAAAUGGAAUCAAAGAGGAGCUGCCACCUGCGCUCAUAUGUGUAGCAACUGACCCUGACACUAAGCAGACUAUGGCCACAAGAAAUGACCAUGUCAUCACAGUCAACUAUCCAGAUGGAACACAAAUUGUUGAACACAGCGAUGGCACCCGCAUUACAGAGUACUACCGUGACACUCUAGUGCCUGUCAGUGAGGAACCUGUGGAUACUGAGCAACACAAUGAAGAAGAGGAGUUGAUGACACAGACUUUAAAGUUUGUGAAGGUGGAGUGCCCUGGCUAUGCCACAGUGGAGUUCAAUUGUGCAACAACAGAAAAUCUCACAGUCUUUGGAUCUGGAACCAGUAUCAACGUCUUCCCAGAUGGCUACUACAUUCUGCACCACUGGUGUGGAGGUAGAAUCGAGGUGGACACUGAAGGAACACUGGUAUACUACCCACGCAGCCGCAUGGAGCAGCUGCAACCGGGCAUGGAACAGCAGUACAUCCUCCGCCAUAAUGCCUCCAUCAUCUGCGAGACUGUCGAUCCCAUCGGCAACUCCUUCAACAUCAGUUACACUGGGGACUUUGGCUUCACACCUGCAGCCAGCAUCGAGGACAUGCCAGAGACUAACGGCAGCAACGUACAGUUGAUGUCAGAGGUCAAGGACGUCAAACCCUACACCCGCUAUGGCAAGCAUGCUCCGCGCUUUUUCAUCAUCAACCCCGAUGGCAGCGGCACUGAGCUGCUCAGGUACCAGGACAUUGCCGAGUACCUGACUGCCGCAGAACGCAAUCCCACGGCGGUGCUGAAAGAACCGGUACCGGAGUACCCGGGGAUGGUGGGCAUCACGAUCCUGAAGCCCAUGCUGGGUGGCCUGUCCGAGCGGUGGUUGAAGCAGUACCACGAGGAGUCCAUCGUGCCCAAGGGCCUGCGGUGCCGCGACCUCAUCACCUUGCCGCCACGCGAGUACAAGAAGCCCGGCCCGCACUUAGGCAAAAACGCAGGGCGUGGCCUGAGUGUGGGGUCAACGGUCAAGGUGCAGACUCGCGUUCCUAUCCUCCGCUGCCCGAACAUCCUAGAGGUCCGGCAGCUGGUGCAGUACAAGCCCGUCACGCCCAUCUUGCGGGCCAAGCUGAAGCAAAGCCUGUCAGAAUACGUCGAGUACGUGGGGCAGCGCAAAAAAAAUAUGAACGCCAUGUCGCUGAUAGACCCGCGGCUCGAGGUCGAGAAGAUGAAGGCCACAGACCUUCUGACGAAAGCUUUGGUGGAGCGUCUACAUCAGCCGCUGACUGAGCAGGAGCACGUCAAAGAAAUGUACGAGUCAGGGGUUCGCCCACCUCCGCCCAGCCCUCCUCGAACCCCACAGUCCAAGCGAACCGAGGCAGACUGGGAACGCGACAAGCGAGAACUGGUGGAAGAGUUUCGAGGGUUGGCACUUCUGAGGGACAAGAAGAUCCCAAAUUACUUUGAGAGUGAAAUGGGCAAGGCCUUUCUUCUGACUCAGGCUAAGGACAUGGACGAGAUGAUGAAUGAACUGACUGAAGACCCGCGACGGGACGGAAGUGAGGCAGUUCGUGUCAACUCUAGGCAACUUCCCCUGCCACCCAGCGUAGAGAGUGGAAGUUCACUGCCUCGGGCCAACCUUUCCCAGACCAGCGACCGCACUGACAACGCGACAAGCAAACUGCCGGUCUCGUCUGAUUCUGCUGUGUCUUAUCAAGGCUGGACGCCACUCGACUCCGGCACUCAAACGCCCAGGGGCUUGAGGCCCGGAAACCCUACUCCAUGGCACGCUGGACAUAACAGUUCACCAGCCAUUCUGCGACCUUUGAACCCCACGCCGGCCCACGCCAAUAAGGUGUUGGCAGAGAGACCUGUUAACCCCUCCCCCCAGAAGGCUGGUGGAGGAGUGCAAAGCUCUUCAGACGCUGGGUCCAGGGUAAAAGGGGAGUACCCCAUGAUACCAGAACAGCCGAAGGAAGAAGACAACGGAGAGGAUAGCACACAAACCUUCGGGGUGUCCGUAACAGGUGAUGAAAGACAGUAUCCGGUUCCACUUCCAUCUUCUCUCCUGGGAGGCAGGCCGGGUGCUCAGACCAACAUGAGGUUCCGCUACAUUGAAGAACCAGUCCGGCGUCAGGUGCGGAACACGGCAGCCGUGGGGAUGACAAAGGACAGAGCCGUCGUCUUGCGCAGCAUGCGGGGCCUCAACCUGUUGCCGGAGGAGGUCGACUUCGGCGUGCUUCGCGAAGGAUCCACCUACCUCUUCGUGGUGCUACUGAAAAACACGGGCGUCGACUCGUGCAGGUUCAACGUGCGUCAACCCCCGCCCUCUACAGGUCUGCGUGUCUUCUACAAGCCGGGGCCCGUGGCGGCGGGCAUGAGUGCCAAACUAAAGCUGGAGCUGUACGCCAUAGCUUUCGGGGCAGUGGGAGUGGAAGGUUCGUGCUCCAUCAGCCAUGACCUUGAGAUCGUCACCGAGACCGACAUCAUGCGCUUGCCAGUCAGAGCCUCUGUCCUGACAACGUACAUGUACGACGAACAGAUGAGUUCCGCCGGCAAGGUGGGGCUUGCACCCGGGGUGGUUCUCAUCUCCAAGUCACCGCCUGGCAACGUCGGCAUCAUCAAACCGCGCAAGGAGGUCUAUUGUACCAGUUAAGGACUGAAGUUGACGAGUAGUCAGUCUUGUUGACCAGCGUCUGAUCCUUUGUAUACUUCUUUCGUCUGCGGGCAGCAGGGAUAUGAUUCACACUUUAAAAAACAAACAAACAAACAAACAAACAAACAAACAAACAAACAAACAAACAAACAAACAAACAAACAUGGGGAUAAGACAACAAUUCUUGUGCAUUGAGAUCUGUAAGACGACGACAUCAGCUCAGCGGGACCCGCAGUCGUAAAACAACAUUCCGAUGAAAGAAGGCCAAAAAGGCAGAAUUGGGGUAAAGGGGUGAAAAUGGAACAAACAGAACAAACAGAGGAAUGUGACAGCUGCGGGAGAAGUACUAUACAGCUAGUUUGCUAAAAGUUUAAAGAAAGGAAGAUGUUUAUAAGUAGUAAGAUAAGAUGCCCUUUAUCAUCGCUAGAGACGCAGUGAAUGUCUUACCUGGAUGAAUAUUUCCUAUCAAUGUUUUUUUUUUUUUUUAAAAGCAUCAGAACUGUGUCGAAAUGGUCAAGUGUUUUCGCUUGUCUGCUAAAGACAGCGCCGGCAAGAAAUUUUACAACGAGGAUUUUUUCUGACAGCUGUGAUAGAAAGAAUUGUUGGUGGUUUAUUUCUUUAUAUUACAAAUGCAAACAUUUGAAUCGCCGAAAGACAUUGGGGAAAGUUUUUGUUUUUUUGGAAGAACUAUAUUCGUGAUUGUAAAUGCAAUGUAUCAAUAAAUGUGAGACUUUUUCGCAAGA